AUGGAAAAGGUGCAGCUUGCCCGCGCACAUGCUGCCCGCGCCGAGGCUGAGGGUGCCGCUCGACUACAGCUUCAGCAAGCCCAGCAACAGCAGCAGCCGCCGCCGCCGCCGCCGCAGGAACAACAACGUCAACGAGCACAUUCACAAUCCCAGUCGCCCUCGCCGCCCACACAGACGCCCCGCGUCCAGCGCAGUCACGUCGAUCUCCGUCACCACCACCACCACCACUCAGCGUCUCGUCCCCAGACACCCCCGCCGUACUCCGGCCCGUCCGACCCGUCCUCCUCGGCCGCGCUCGAGACCAGCGCCGACGAUUCCUACCCUCACAACGGCUCGGGAGGCUCAUCCGGCAAGGGCUUCCCGCGGUACCCGGGCCUGCCCAAGAUCGACUACCGCAUCUACUCGCCGCCGCUCUUCAAGCUCUCGUCGGACCUGAUGACGCUGACCUCCAAGGCCGAGUACCUGUCGACCAACGCGGCCGCGCUCGUCACCCUCGUGCGCACGCAGGCGCAGGUGCCGCCCAAGCCGUACAUCGUCGUCAAGGGCUCGCGCGGCCGCAAGGUCGACUUCGAGGUCAAGCUGAACCUGAUGGCGCUGCUGAUCCCCGAGGGCAACGGCGGCGCGCGCAUGGACUACAUCCGGUGCGUCGGCCACGACGAGGUCGCCUACCGCGGGGGCGCCCGCCCGGACGUGCUGCCCGAGGUCGGCGACGGCGGGCUCGACGAGUGGUGCCGCCGCUUCGUCGAGGAUCCCGCCGGCAUCAAGACGUUCACGCUGGAGCGCGUCGUGGCCAACCUCGACGUCGGCUGGAUCGACGGCCAGAUGCGCAGCCUGCUCGCCAGCCUCAAGUACAAGGGCAACGUCGACGUCACCUUUGUGGUCACCCACUCCAAGAUCACCGUCCAGAACCCGGACAAGGUCAACCAGUUCUUCACGUCGGUCACCAGCCUCUUCGCGGGCAAGAACAGGUACGAGGUUGUCAAGUCCGUCUGGCCCUUUGCCUCGGCACGCCCCGGCGAGCCCGGCCGCCGCUGCGCCGUGCAGACCGAGGAGACUUGGUGGCGCGAGUGGCGCGGGCCGAUCGGCUACGCGAUCGCGCAGAAGCGCCAGGGCUGGGUCACGGUCGAGGACAAGCUCGAGGCUGUCAUGGAGGGCAAGGGCAGCAACAUGGCCCCCGUCGACUGGGGUCCCGAGUUCCAUGCGUAG